CUGUCGCAGCUCUUCUCCAGCUUCUGCUCGCUUGAUUUAGAUUCCUAGGGUUCAAUCUCGGGAUCGGGGAGGAAACCCUGAUCGAAAGUGCUCGAGGAUUCAUCCUUCUUCUCCGCUUCGCCGACCUCGGAAUCCAUGGCGUCCCGUCGGCGUAUGCUUCUCAAAGUCAUCAUCCUCGGCGACAGCGGGGUUGGGAAGACUUCUCUGAUGAAUCAAUAUGUGAACAAGAAGUUCAGCAACCAGUAUAAAGCCACCAUUGGAGCUGAUUUCUUGACCAAAGAAGUCCAGAUCGAUGACAGAUUGUUCACUUUACAGAUCUGGGACACGGCGGGGCAGGAAAGAUUUCAGAGCCUUGGUGUGGCUUUCUAUCGCGGAGCCGAUUGCUGCGUUCUUGUCUACGAUGUUAAUGUUAUGAAAUCAUUUGAUAAUUUGAAUAAUUGGCGCGAGGAAUUUCUGAUUCAGGCUAGUCCAUCUGAUCCUGAGAACUUCCCUUUCAUAUUGUUGGGUAACAAGAUCGAUAUUGAUGGUGGCAAUAGCCGUGUGGUCUCAGAGAAGAAAGCUAAAGCUUGGUGUGCAUCGAAGGGCAACAUCCCCUAUUUUGAGACAUCAGCAAAAGAAGGAUUCAAUGUGGAAGCUGCUUUUCAGUGUAUUGCCAAGAAUGCUCUAAAGAAUGAACCUGAGGAAGAUAUAUACCUUCCUGAUACGAUCGAUGUGGCAGGGCGUGCAACCCAGCAAAACUCUUCAGGUUGUGAGUGCUAGAUCGAAUUCACUUGUGUUUCUUGCCUAGUUGGUUUGUUGUUUGCCAUAUUUUUACCUCAGAUUAUACUUCACCAUUUUCGCCUGUAAUUUGUGUCCAAUUCCAUGGUGGUUGGCACUAGUUCUCGUUCUUGAAAUGUUCUUCUCCCUUGUUCAUGCCAUGUGUGCCACUGUCAUUAAUGUUCUACCCUUAACCUUCAAUAUGAUUAUUCUUUCCAAGACUAAA